UGAGGAUAUGAGUGAUCAGAUUCGUCCCGCGCUUUGCCGCCUUGUCGCAGCAGUAAACUGAAGAUGUCCGGCAUCGUGGAUCUGCCUAAACCCAGAAUAAAUGUCUCCAUGUUGUUGCAGCACAUCGGUAAACCUGUGUGCUUCGUCGGACGUGUUGAGAAGGUCCAUGAGACGGGAACGUUCACCGUCACGGACGGAGAAGGAAAAGUGGCAACAGUCGAGCUGAACGAGCCUCUUGAUGAAGAGUUGAGCGGCAUCGUGGAGGUUAUCGGCAUUGUGUCGAAUAAAGGAGUUUUAACGGCCACCUCGUACACCAUGUUUCGAGAGGACCGAGGAAUUCCCUUUGAUUUGGAGCUGUAUAACGACGCCCUGAAGGUCAUCCAUGACUUCCCCCAACAUUACCCCUUUGAAUUGACUGCAAGUGGGUGAACAGCCACCAAAGUCCAUUCAUUAAAGUCUGUUGUCCAAGACCUUAAGUUGAUGUACCUUUAUGUUGAUUUAAAAAAUAAUAAUGUGAAUAAGAAUAAUUUAUGUCAUGAACAUUUUGACAAUAAAAUUAAAAACUGAAAGACCAAA